AUGGCGUCCACGAUGAGGGCCUGGCAGUACAACAGCACCAAUGGCGGCAUCGAGAAGAACCUCCAGAUCAAUGAGGCCGUGCCACAACCAGUGCUUCAUGAUGAGCAGAUUCUGGUCCAAGUUCACGCCAUGGCGAUCAAUCCCGUCGACCAUAAAGUCACCGAAGGCCCAAUGCCUCUGCGACUUGUAGGCUCCGACAUCACGCCCGGUGCCGACUUUUGCGGCAAGGUCGCCAAAGUAGGCAAGAAAGUCGACGAGUACCAGAUUGGCGAAUUUGUCUUUGGCGCAAAGGCCGCGCAGCCUGAGAACACAGCUGAAAGCCAUGCUAACCCCAUCACCAGAUACCAAGCCAUCGCCCCAAAUGUCAAAAGCGGCGACAAAGUCUUCAUCAACGGCGGCUCAGGCGGAACGGGUGUGUACGGCAUCCAGAUCGCGAAAGCGCUGGGUUGCCACGUGACGACCACCUGCUCAACGCCCAACGUCGACCUCUGCAAGAGCCUAGGCGCCGACGAAGUCAUCGACUACAAAACCAGCGAUGUUAUCGAAACUCUUUCCUCCAAAGGCCAGACCUACACCCUCGUCGUCGACAACAUCGGCACACCACCCAACCUCUACAAAGCCGCAUCCGCUUUCCUCACUCCAGCCGGCAAGUUUGUCCAAAUCGGCGCGGGGAUGAGCGUUGCUAGUAUCAAGAAUGUGGGGUCCAAUAUGCUGUUGCCGGGAUUCUUGGGCGGCGGCAAGAACAGCUAUCAGUUGUUGAUGGCGAAGCCGUCGUCGGAUGCGCUGAGCCAGAUUGGAGCGUGGAUGAAGGAGGGGAAGGUCAAAGCUGUGGUCGAUGAGGUUUUCGAAUGGGAGGAUGCGCCUAAGGCGUUUGAGAAGUUGAAGACGGGGAGGGCGAGGGGCAAGAUUGUUGUUAGGGUGCCGUUGGAUUUGGAUAAGGCGAAGGAGAAGGCUGAGGGAGAAGAUGCCUAA